AUGUUUCCUAUUUGGCGACGGCGAGUCGAGCGAGUGUCCCGUGACGUAUGGCUGGGUGCUGCAUGGCUGGGUGCUGCAUGGCUGGGUGCUGCAUGGCUGGGUGCUGCAUGGCUGGGUGCUGCAUGGCUGGGUGCUGCAUGGCUGGGUGCUGCAUGGCUGGGUGCUGCAUGGCUGGGUGGUGUUACACGCUUGGCUGGUCGUCACCUUCCCGCGCUACAUGCCGGUCCCAAGCUGGACCAGUUUCCUUCCCCUGCCUUUAGUCGCAGUGCUACCCGCAGCAGCACGCUAGACAGCAACAGUGCUGUGCGUAUAGGCAGCAUAGCUACCUCCAGAGUCCACCACUGCUGCUGCACCUCACUGAAUCACCGCCUCACCGCCUCACCGCCAUGCCCCUCGCCGCUUCCUCUCCGCUCAUCAUAUCCCACCCUCUCCUCCCCCUCCUCUCCACUGCCCUUCCCAUCCGCCUUCGUCACCUGCCUAUCACCCUCCCCACCCCCCUCCUGUUCCCCCUCCCCACCCACCUUCCCUUCCUCUCUAACCCAUCCCCCUGCCCACCCCCCCUUCCCGUCAGCCUCCCCAUCCCCCUUUCCUUCACUGCAUGUCGACAGGCUCCCAUACACGCUGCAUGCCUCUAAUCGCAUGCCCAUCUUCCCUUAUCCCCCCAUCCCCGCAUCCCCCUCAUUUAACCAUCCCACAUUCCCUCCUCCCCUCCUCCCCCCAAUCCCAUCGUCCCCACCCCCUCCCCCACCUCUCCCUCUUUCCCCCACAUUGAACCUGGCAGUGGCACGGCACUCGCAAGUGGGGCUGCUGGACGCUGACGUGUUCGCCCCUCACUGCCCAACCUGCUUGGCCUGCACAUUGUCGCCUCCUCCCCCUUCUUGCCCGCUGGGCCUGGAGACUGCCGGCUGCCCCCUGCUCGCCUCGCCCUUCCCCCACGCAUGCAGGCGCACGGCAUGCUCUGCAUGUCCGCUCACGUGGGCUGGGAGUGUGGGCUUCCUCAUGCCUGCACACCAGGGGGGUACAACAGGGGAGGGGCAGCAGGGGAGGGGCGGCUCGGCUUCUAAGGCCACACUGCCUGCCCAUGCUCUCAGCUCUGCUGGCGAUGCCCAUGCUCCCAUGCGGUCACUUCCACCAGCAGCACGGGCGGAUGAAAACGGUGGGGCAAUGGAUGUGGUGGUGGUGAUGAUGGCCAUGGACGCCACCAGCAGUGCUGGGAGCACCAAGGCACUGGAGUGUGGUCCUCCUCAUCUGCCCACCGUCACCCUCCUAUUUGCUUCCACGCCGACCCAGCUGAGCAGCAUCAUCUUGCCAAGCAGCAGCACUGUAGCACCUGCAUGCAGCACCUCUCUCUCCUUCCCACAUCACCAACACCACGACUGCCUGUGUGUCUCUUCCACAUGCCCCUUGUCCUCUAGUACCGCUCCUUCAAAUGUCUCCUCAAUAUCUGUCACCCUACCCCCUCCACCUCCCCUCUCCUCCCACACGCCCCUCCUUCCUUCUUGGAGCUCUAUUUCAUCCGAUGCCCUGCUGAACUCAGCCGGUUGCUCUGCUCUUGAGUCCAUGAGUUCCGCCAACUGCCCCUUCACCGCUUUCAACUCCCCCUUAACCGCUGCCAACCCCCCCUUCACUGCUUUCAACAUAUGCCGCAACUCAUCCAACUCCUCGUUGUGCCCAGUCAGCUCCUCCCUCACUGCUGCCAGUGCCGCCUCUUUGACCACUUCAAUCAGUGGCCCCAUCGCCCUCUCGGCAGCCAUAGCAUCCAGUGGACUCUCCUUCAACAGCCCUGCUUCAAUCACCGAUCCUGGCAAUCAACCACCUCCUUCACUGCAGACUGUCGAAAGUAGACAACACCUGGGUGGGGGAGGUAGAAGGAGAGGGAGAAUUGGGGGGGGGGGGGGGGGGGGGGGGGGGGGGGGGGGGGGGGGGGGGGGGGGGAGUGGAGGGGGGAAGGUAGUGAGGCGGGGGAGGGAGGAAGAUGAGGAAUAUGGUAAAGUGGGUGAGGUGGGCUCGCCAACGCUGCGGCUCAACACCACCCCCUCAAUCCCACCACCCGUCAACCCCCUUUGGUGCAGCAAUGGAGAGCAGCAGCGUGACCUCCUUGACACUCGUGACGAGGCACACGGACACUGGCUCUCCAUUUUGGUCCGGUCGGAGCUGAUUCAGGCCAAGCUGCACAUCCUCCUGAGUGCAGCAUCACCGGUCUCCGCCUGGUCGCCCUGCUCUCAUCUGUAUCCACCAUCCCCCAGCACGGGCUCGAUCACCUGCAUAGCUCCCCCAUGCACCCUCAUGAACGGCCAGAUUGGCCAGCCAGCUAACUCCCCACACCCUCCUACUUCUCAUUUAACCCCCGUCUACUUCCACCAAGCGGAAAACCAGAACCCCUCCGCCUUCUCCCAGCUCCCGCCUCUACUCCACUUCCCACUCCCCCCCUCUGAUCCUAUCUGUCUCGACCUCCCUAACCCCUCUCGGGACUCGUCCCUCUCAAUCCCCUCACCCCCUCCUCUCACCCCCUCUUUUCCCCCUUUCUCCCCCCCCCCUCCCCCCCCCCCCUUCCUCGUCCCCCCUCCUCUCCCCCAUCCAUUCCCCACCUCCUCGUCCCCCUUCCUCUCCCCCCUCCUUUCCCCCUCACCUCCCUCUCCCCUGUCCCUCUCCCCUGUCCCUCUCCCCUGUCCCUCUCCCCCGUCCCUCUCCCCUGUCCCUCUCCCCUGUCCCUCUCCCCCGUCCCUCUCCCCUGUCCCUCUCCCCCGUCCCUCUCCCCUGUCCCUCUCCCCCGUCCCUCUCCCCUGUCCCUCUCCCCUGUCCCUCUCCCCCGUCCCUCUCCCCUGUCCCUCUCCCCCGUCCCUCGCCCCUGUCCCUCUCCCCUGUCCCUCUCCCCUGUCCCUCUCCCCCGUCCCUCUCCCCUGUCCCUCUCCCCCGUCCCUCUCCCCUGUCCCUCUCCCCCGUCGUCCCAUGCUCACCCCUCCCCCCCCCCCCCCAACCUCACAGAAACAACACAUGCACUCCACACCACUCCACAUGUCUGCAUACCUCAGCACUCCACUGCCACUUGCCACACCGCGCCAAAAGAGAGGUCCUGAAGGGAUGGAACGAAUGAAGGUACCAACCAAGGAAGGACUGGCAGGCAGGAGAGAGGCACGGAAUGGAGGGAAGGUGAUGAGGAAGGUGACUUUUGAGGCGCCUUAA